AACGUAAGGAUGGUGUAGGGGUAGGCUACUGCUCCAGAGUGCUGUGUCUUUCAUGGUAGGCUGCACAAAAACAUUUUGAGGUGUCAUCUACCUUUAAAUAUCCAGCGGGCUGAGAUGCACAUCUGCUGUCGUUUGAGUUUAUCUGCUGCAUCAUAAUAUCAUCUCAGUUGAUAGUCUACAUGUCGAACGACUGACCGUCCAUAGUGAAAGCUGACAGGGGGAUGGCAGACCACGAGACACCCAGUGUGGGUGAACCUCCGCCAACAUAUAUCAUCUUCCUCAUGGUCUUUCUCUUCUUUAUCACUGGUCUUCUGGGUUUCCUGGUAUGCCAUUUGCUGAAAAAGAAAGGCUACAGAUGUGAACUGGAGGAUGAUGAAGAAGCCUGCGAGGACAAACUGGAGACAGAAAAAGAUGAUGAAUCAGAUGACAGUCAGGACACUGUGGAACAAAUUCUGAAGUGCAUCAUUGAAAACAAAGCUAAUACAGAGGCCUUCAAAGAUAUGCUGGGUGGCCAAAAUGUUUGUGAACAUCAUGACCCUUGGUUACGUCACAAAGACAGUAUAGAUGGUCCUCCCCUUCACCAUCACACAAUUCAUCUGGGAGGUGAAAUCAGCUCUUGUGUCCAUUGUAGACAGGGACAUGUAUUAAAAACACGACGCAGAAGUCGCAUGUUUAAAAGCAAAGCCCGGCCAGGGGAGCAGACUGUAUUUUCUGUGGGCAGAUUUCGUGUCACCCACAUGGAGAAAAAACCCAGCCUUCAAGGUUCGAUUAAUCUGCCCACUCCUAAACCGGGUGAUGUGUCGAAUGACACAACUCUCUCAGGAAUUAAAGAUACCUCAAAAAAGCCUCAGGAGGAAUACAACAUCCGCAACAUGUUUAAAGACGGAGCAACUAAUGGCACGGUCCCAAACGUAGGCAAGCGGAAGAAAAGCCUCCCACUGCUGGGCUUCUACAAGGGAAAUAAUCCAGUGGGAACCAAAGUGGUACCUGAGAUGUUUGUGGAGGACAAAGAAGGGCAGAAAACUGCUGAUCAGCUGUCGGUCUCUCUGGAAGAGUGCCUGAGUUCAGCUGCUGUGUUUCAUACUGACCCUGAAACAGCAUUAGACAAAAACUCAAAUAAAGGUUCUGCUCAUAAAUUAGAGAAGACGGUCCACGAGAGUAGCUCAGGGGGUGACAUUUCUGACAGAGGGACUUCAGAUGUGAUUUCACAAGACAAAUUAAAUACAAAGACAACGGUCACUGUUUGUGAAUGGUCCAGUGAUCGCACUAGAUUUUCUGUGGUUCGAACUGAGGAGGAGACGAUCAUUACAUCUACAACUAGUACUGAGGAUAGAGGAAAUGAUAAUGUGCCAGAAGAUAACACCAUGACUGAUAAAGAUAAACAGCAAAACCCCUUGGUGCUAAAUUAACACUCAUGGGGCAGGUUCCCAGAUAGGGUUUAGGUUUAUCCAGGAUUUAGCCUUAGUUAUAUUGGUACAUCUAAGUAGUUUUUACAAACCAAACUUACAAAAAAACAAUGCAGGUGUGCAUCUUGAGACAAAACAGUGGCACUGAUUUAUGGUAUGAUAUGUCAGGUGUUUUUAAAUUAAGGCUGCUCAAACAUGUAUUUUAGUCUGGGAUCAAGAUAAGGCCUGUCUGGAAAACAGCCCCUUGUAGGUGUAGGGGAGAACCGGGGCGAAAGUAACGCGGGACAAAAGUAACAAAGUGAUUUCUCAGAGCUCUGACUACAUUCAGGGUUGGGCAAAGAUACAUCAAAAUGUAUUUUAAAAUAAAAUACCAAAUACCUUAGUUUUAAAUGUGUCAAAAUAAACUACUGUAUUUUGAAAAUACUAAAAAAUACUUUUACGAAGGAGCAUGAAAUUUCUUCGCAAACCUUCCAUCAGUUGGACUAAUUGAUCUAUUGCUUCACCAUUACAUUGAUUGAGUCAUGCAAAAAACUGACAUAUGCACCUGGUAACAAAGGGCCUACUUUGCAUAAGCAACACUGACAAACAAGUUUAGACCGUACUACAGCAAUAAAAUCCCAGUUGUUAUUGUUGUACAACACUGAAACGUUUUAUGUUUUUCAUGCACAACCAACAUAGACUGAAAGUAGCAAGCUAAAUUAUUUAGCCUACUAAAACAAACACCAAAACUUAACUUUUAAAAAUUAUAGCAAAUUAUUUAUGAAAAGCUGGCAGCAUGCACGUUUCUUACCCUGACCACCACAUUUCAUAUACGCCUUAUUCAGCCUGCCAACAUGUUGAUUCCAAACCGAGGUUGUGAGGGAUGGACGUCCAGAGCGUGCGCUUCAAACAUAUUGUUUUGUACCGGGAUGCUUGUCAUUUAACCAUCAAAACACAAUUACAAAUUUCCACAGGACAAAGAACCUUAUAAAUCAUGGAUUUUUAAAAUGAGAAGGGACAUAUGACCUUAUUUGAGAUAAAAGCAGCGCAAUGUGUACAUAAAAUUUUUGUUUUGUUAUUAGCCUGUUGGCUAAUCAUUAAUUUCUAAUAGCUUACUUUUCUUUAAAACACUAAUAUAGUCCUAUAACUAAGUAGGGGAGACCGGGGCUGGUUGUCACACGGGUUGGUUGUCACACUGCUUAUUCCAGACAUACUACAUGGCACUGUGGUACAAUUUUGAUAUCAAUUUGUUAGCCUUUAAUAGCUUACUCAUUUGCACUUGAAAUUUUGCCGAGCAGACACAAAACAUUGAGGUGAGGAGACAAUUUUUUAUUUUUAUGGGUCAGAGUAAAUUUUCAUGUUGGUGUUGUUUUUGUGUUGAGAUCUUGUAGGAUAUUAUUCUUUCAAAAACAAAACACUCAUUAAAAAGCUAAAAGUAGUAGCUUUAUUUUGAGUCAUCUUUUAGCGAUCAAGUUAAAGCCGUGUGGCAGCUAGCUUAUCAUGUUUGUCAAGAAGUCAGUUGGGGAUGGUUGUCACAUAGCUUGCGGGGUUGGUUGUCACAUAAGAAUAUUGGACAUGUAGACCUUUUAAGACUGUUUGUCUGUUUGUUUGUUUUUGUUUGCUGUUAAAAUAAAAUAAAUAAAGCAUUAAAUAAAGAGGCUUUAACACUAAAAAUUAUUUCAUUUUAUUUCUCAACACAGUAGACAAUAGGCUUCUUGCCCAGCUGCACUACUUCCUGAACUUCGGCAUCAAUAACAACUAUCAUAGGGUUGGAUUCAUAUAAAAACCUAUUUGCAGUUUCUAGCUUAAAAAACAAAAAAAUUACACAUUAUCUUUUCAGAUCCCAAUUUAUCAUUGAAAUCCUAUUGAACCUCUAUAGGGACAACCAACCCCAUACCCUGUGACAACCAACCCCGUGAUGGGGUUGGUUGUCACAUUGUGUCAGAGUGUCUUUGAUGGUUAAUUACUUCCUGUUACAAUACAUUCGAAAAGUAAAAAGUAUACACAUUUAAAGCCAAGACUCCAAAGUUUCAUUUCAUGUAGGAAUUACUGCUGAAAGAUUUUUUGAAGAUGAGCAAUUCAUGCAUGAGUAAAAAUUGUGACAACCAACCCCGGUCUCCCCUACAUAUCUUCAAUUCGUACAGAUUACAAAAAACGCAAGGCAUGAAUACGUUAAAAACUUUUCUCAGUUUUUUUUAAGCACACUGACCGGAAUCAGAAGCAGGAUUAAUUUCUAACUAAAUAACAUUUGUACACAACUUUGGAGGUUCAUAUGGGGUUUUACCUCAAACAAUACUUGCACAACAAAAUAUCACAUAAAUAGAUUGAUAUCAAGUCAAUCGCACAUUAUUAAGUCAAUGUUCAUGUCUUGAACAAACAUAGAAAAUACAUUUAUGUUCUAUACAAACUGGAGAUAUAUACUUUGGUGUAUUCAUAACAUAUUGUAUUGUUGUAUCAGUGUUUUAAAAGAAAAGUAAACAUGUGUACAACAUGAGAAAUUAGCGAUUAGCCAACAGGCUAAUAUCCAAAACAGAUAUUAUGUACACAAUGCGCUAUUCUCAUCUCAAAUUAGGUCAUAUGUCUAUUCUUAUUUUAACAAUCCUUGAUUUCUGAGGUUCUUUGUCCUGUGAAAAUUUGUAAAAUGAUCUAUUUUGUGUUUAGAUGGCUGAAUGACCAGCAUCCUACAGGUUUAAAGUGCACGCUCUGGACAUCAAUCCCUCACAACCUUAAUUUGAAAUCAAUGUGGCGGGGGACUGAAUAAGGCGUAU